AUGACAAACGUCGACACUUCUCUACCUCCAGAACCAUCUGGCGCAGCCGCCAAGUUUGCAGCUCAACAUGCUGAAGAGCAUCCGCUGAAGCUCUACGGAGGCUGGUUCUGCCCAUUCGUCCAACGAACUUGGAUCACUAUUCACGAAAAGAAGAUUCCCCAUCAAUAUGUAGAGAUCAACCCAUACAAGAAAGAGGCUCACUUUAUGGCCAUGAAUCCCCGUGGAUUGGUCCCUACUCUUGCAGUACCCGUUGACUCGAAGGGCAAGGUACAGAAGCCUCUGUUCGAGAGCAACAUCAUUUGUGAAUAUCUCGAUGAGACGUUCACGGAUGAGUCUAAGUAUGGGCCUCGACUUCUUCCUACCGAUCCAUAUGAGAAGGCAAGAUGUCGUAUUUGGAUCGAUCAUAUCAGCACACGCAUCAUUCCCUCAUGGUACAAGCUGAUGCAGCACACUCUCGACAAGCCUUUCAGCCUUGAUGAGGCACGAGAAGAACUGAGAGGACGCAUCAAGUCUCUCGUUGAGGAGAUGGACCCUGAAGGCCCAUGGUUUCUCGGCUCGACUCUGAGUCUUGUGGAUAUUUGCUUAGCACCAUGGGCGAAGCGUUUGUUUCUAAUUGAUCACUACAAGGAGGGCGGCCAUGGUAUCCCGGAAUCUGGAGAAGGUAAAGAUGGAGAGAUUUGGAAGAGGUGGAAGAAGUGGUAUGACGCAAUUCUCAGUCGCGACAGUGUGAAGGAGACCUGGAGUGCCGACGAACGAUACAUCAUUGCGUAUAAGAGAUAUGCCGAAGAUACUACCAACUCUGAAGUUGGCCAAGCUACGCGCUCAGGCAAGCGCCUGCCUUGA